CGGAGCGGGCGGGGGGGGGGGGGGGUGGUGUGUGUGUGCGUGUGUGGAAAUGGGAGGGGAGAGGGUAAAAGACAGCCGCCAGAACGAAUCUACACCCUCAAACACAAACAAAUCACUGGCUCAACAAAAAAACGGGGCCAGCCGCCUCAUUUUCCUCUCCAAAGAAGGUGUGGUCGAGGAACCCCCCCCCCGCCGCCGAUAUCUUGGAUUAGGCGACAACUGCGCAUGACCGAACUUUAAACCGCCCCAAAUAUUUCCCUUUCCUUCCCCCCCUCAGCCGAAACAAAAACAAAUUUCAAUGACCACGAAUCGUAACAUUUCAAAUUUCAUGAUCAGUGAACGUGCAGCUGCCCGUUCUAAAAAAGGAUAUCGAUUGAAAUGUGGUACCGAACCAAUCUGAACGCGUUUUACUAAAACGGCGUUGGACCAAUCAGUGUCGAAGAUGGAAGGUGGUGUGAAGGGGGCAAUACGUGGAGUUUCGAGGCGCGGAAUAUCUCGAAUGUGAGAAAAAAUACCCUGGUCUUAACCCCGCUUUCGAUGGCGUUAAAAUAGCCCGCUCGUCAGAUGAUCGUGUUUUUAAUUAUUAACUACAAAUAAGUUGAGAAGUUCGAGGUCGGGUGAUUCAUUCUCUCUAUCAAUCCUCGGUCACGUGGUACCUUCCGAGAUGGCGGCGGCGGCGGCGACGAUGGAUGAGGAGUUCGAGGAUGCCAUAGACGUGGAGCCCCUGGAACCAACCCUGUCCAAUAUUAUCGAGCAGAAGUCCCUCAAGUGGAUCUUUGUGGGUGGGAAAGGAGGCGUGGGCAAAACCACGUGCAGCUGUAGUUUGGCUGUGCAGUUGGCGGAUGUUCGGGAGAGUGUGCUGAUAAUUUCCACAGACCCAGCUCAUAACAUCUCUGAUGCAUUUGAUCAGAAAUUCUCAAAAGUACCAACAAAAGUGAAAGGCUAUGAUAAUCUGUUUGCUAUGGAAAUUGACCCAAGUCUGGGAGUGGCGGAAUUACCUGAUGAAUUUUUUGAGGAAGAUAAUAUGCUGAGCAUGGGUAAGAAGAUGAUGCAGGAAGCAAUGAGCGCAUUCCCUGGCAUCGAUGAAGCUAUGAGCUAUGCUGAAGUAAUGAGGUUGGUGAAAGGCAUGAAUUUCUCAGUAGUAGUGUUUGACACAGCACCAACAGGGCAUACGUUACGACUUCUGAACUUUCCGACUAUCGUUGAGAGGGGACUUGGGCGACUGAUGCAAAUUAAAAACCAGAUCAGCCCUUUCAUCUCCCAGAUGUGCAGUAUGCUUGGACUCGGUGACAUGAAUGCAGAUCAACUUGCUUCAAAGCUAGAAGAAACCUUACCUGUCAUUCGUUCAGUCAGUGAACAGUUUAAAGACCCGGAACAGACCACCUUCAUCUGUGUUUGCAUUGCUGAGUUUCUGUCCUUAUAUGAGACUGAACGACUAAUUCAAGAGUUGGCCAAGUGUAAGAUUGACAGCCACAACAUAAUAGUAAACCAGCUAGUAUUUCCAGACCCUGGGGAGAAACCAUGUAAGAUGUGUGAGGCUCGACACAAAAUCCAAUCCAAAUAUCUAGACCAGAUGGAGGAUUUGUAUGAAGAUUUUCACAUUGUGAAGCUCCCAUUGUUACCUCAUGAAGUCAGGGGCACUGACAAAGUCAAUACUUUCUCUAAACUCCUGCUUGAGCCCUACAAGGCACCUAGUAAAUGAACAGACUUCCCUCAUUCCGUUUCAAAACUGAGGCAAAGAGAUCCAAGAUUUGUAAUUUAUUAACACUGUUUGUAGGAAGGAGUUGGGGAGGGGAUGCCUGGAUGUUAUUUAUUGUUUUUGAUCAAUUUUUGAUUUCUGGUUAUUGUAACUUUUAAGGAGGUGAUUUUGCAUUGCCUAUAUGUGAUCUCAAGACGUUGUGUCAAAGUUGUAGAAUAGAGCAUUAUGUAUCUACAGCUUUAUUCUGUGAUUAACCACUUUAAAAGAAAAUGGCUUUUGAGCUUCAAACUCUUCCCCUCCUCUUAAUGAUUUUCUGUCCUCUCUCACGUGACCCUAUAGUCUUGAGGACUCAAUGCAUUUUCUGUAAUCCUCCUUCCAGUAGUGGUUCAGUUGCGGUUGCUGCUUCUCCAGUUGAACACCUCAAAAUGGAAGUGAUACUAUAGGAGCAACGAUUAUAUUAGGAAGCAACAGUGACCCCUUUCCUACUCCCCACCUCUGCCCCAUUCCUUUCCACAGAUGCUGCUACCUAAAAAUAGUGUUACGAAACUGGCUCAUUAAACACUUUGACACAAGCAAGCUACUCUCAUAACUCCAGGUUUCAUCUCAGCAGCAAUUGAAGUUGUUAAUUAUUUAUGUGAAUGGGAGCCAGCUGCCCAAUAUUAGGCAAUAAGUUCACAUUUUUGAGACCAAUUUAACAUUUCAUAUAUCCUACAAGUGUUUCUUUAGAGUCUUCCUUAUUUCACUCACCUAUCCAUUAGGUGAGCACACCAAAUACAUCUUCUGUCUCUUUCAGAACAUGGGUUAUAUGAGAAAGCUACUCUCAUCCUGACCACUGACAAAAUACUUAAAACGGUGCAUUAGGUUUAAAAACUUAUCUGGCAUUGCUUGUUCUGGUGUUGUCAGGCAUCAGAUUUGAUUUAACACUUACAUAAGAGUUUACCUGUGUUGAUAUGCUGCUUUGAAUGCGCUCCGUGCUUUAUGGGAUCUUUUUCCAAUUUGGAAAAUAUCUUUAUGAAGAGAAUGGGCUAUGAAGAACCUAUGCACACUUGGUAUUUUUUGAAACCUGUCCCUUUUGUUGCAUGGUCUGUUUGCAGAUUCCCUUGUAGCCGUUGUUUUCUUUAACACUGUUCAUGGUCAGACUCUGGACCAGAUGGGAGUUGGUCUGGAGCCUCUUCUCUGAAUUUGGGGUGAGGAGUGGGAUUGGACUGUUUAUACUUUCUGACUGAAUCUUUGCAUCUGUUAAAUGGCUCACCUAGUUUAACAUAAUGAGCCAUUAUGGAGCAGGAAGAUCAAAUGGUGGGCAAAGUACAGAGGUCAAAGUGGUGACGUUUGCCAGGGCAGGAGUUGACAAGACUAGCUAUGGUUCCUGCUGCUUGUCCUUGUCUGUAUUCUCCUGGGCUGAUGAGUAUUUGGAAAUUGCUUGUUGGCCUGACACCUGAAAGUGCCCACUUAGUACAGAAGGCUGUCUAAACUGCGCAUGGUGUCCAUCUGACAAUCAACACCUUUUAUUUGAAUGGGGGCAUUUAUAAUGUGGGGGAAGAAAUUCAAUAAAUACCUAAUUAUUCAUGGUGGUUUCACCACACACAAGUACUGCAAUUGUUUUUUAAUAGUUUGUGAAGACUGUGAUGAGUUGUCUUGAAUGCAUAAUUCUGAGACUGUCGUUGAAGUCAAAAUGCAGACUAAAUACUACAGAUGCCAUACACCACUUGGUGACUGCAAAUAGUGUGUGUUUUAUUUCCCUCCCACAUCGAGGACUGCAUGUUGAAUUACAGGUCCACUCUGCUCCAGUCAGUGUUCUGAAAAGAGUGCUUCCCAAAUGGUACAAUAGAUCGAAUUUGUGUUUUAAUGUUCGGGAAACUGUGGGAAAGACAAGCUUAUUUAAAAGGACUAGGGCAAUCAUCCCCUGCUUUCUGUUCACUUUAGACAAUUAUCUACUCUGCAACAGACACUUCCCAUUGACUAAACAGACAGUUCCUCGAGUUUUAACUAACCAACUCUCAUUCAAGAAAGAUGGGCAGAGAGAUGGAGGGAAGAAUACAUAACCCGGAAUGCUUUUUUUUAGAUAAGAAAAACAACCUGCUAGCAAACAACAAAGAUAACUCAUAGAAUUUAAAUUAAUCUUAUAUUUUAAUUUAAAGCCCAUCCCCAAAGUGCUUUUCUGCAGAGUGACCUUUUUGGUGGCCUCCAAUAGCUCAUUUGAUUCCAAAUGGAUGCCAUGUGGCUGAGUAGUAUAUGUCAAUAAUUCCCAAUCUAUAUUGACUAGACAGAAUCCAUCCCAUUUAAGGGAGGUGGUCCAACAUUUGGCAUCUGAAGGUAGGGCUGGUAAAGAGAAAUUUACCUGGGAUUCCUACUCCUGAACUGUUUGUAGGGUGUCUGAGCAUGGUUGGAAGAUACACAUUUGUGGGUGACGAGUGAGCAGAAUGUACCUCAGUGAAUUGAUAGCUUGUGACACUGCAAAAAGCAGUGAUAAGGGCAAGAUACUGGAAGUAACUGACUGUAUGACCAGACCCUAACUAUCAGCAGAAGAAAGAAAAUUAUAGAGAAAAGUUAUCUUUUUAAAGUAGUAACACUAAUUGCUAUUAAUAUUGUUUGAGUUCAGUUUAAAUUGUACAAGGGCAAACUUUAAGUAUUGUAUUGUUUACAAUAAUUUCUGGGAUGGAGAUGGGGACUAAAUGAAUUAAAACUCUUGAAAUAUAUAAUUAUUUCAGGCUACUGUGUUUUUAAAAAAAAAAAUGCAAGAAGGGCACUUGGAGCUUGCAACUUGGUUUGUUAUAUUGUGUAUUAGAGACGCUUCUGAGAGCAACCAUUACAGUUCACAGAAGAAUGUGGGAGCAGUGAUGAUUCCUUGGUUUCUAAUGUUUUGAAGUUGCUCACCUUUACUGGCAUAGGCCAAACAUAGCAGUUGCAAAUCAGAAUCUUCCAUUAUUGGACCAAGCCUGUCUCCUGAAAGAAAGGAUCACCACAUUUUCCAUUUGCAUCUGCCUCUGUGGGAAGUCAUACAAACUCAAUCAAAGGUAAAUAUUUAACUUAGCUCGCUGAGCUUGUUUUCAGAUGUUUCGUCACCAUACUAGGUAACAUCAGUGAGAGUCUCUGGUGAAGCGCCUCUCUAUUCAAGCUCAGCGAGCUAAUUUACUUACUAUCAACCUGAGCUACUAAUCUUCUCAAUCAAAGGUGGUGACUGGAUGUUAUGCUAGACAUAAGCAGCGUUACAGAAUUUUACAGCAUGGAAGACAACAGUUUGGUUAAAGAUACCUAUUAUUAAUCCCCUGAAAAUUAUCAAAUUUGAUUUCCAUCUUAGCGCUCUUUCUCCAUUCCUGACUGUGGCCUUCCGAAUUUCUAAAUCUAAAACAUCUGUUUCAUAAUCCUCAGAUUGUGCUUCCACCUCUAGUUUUAGUAGGGUGUUCCACUUUUUACCAAGCUUUUAAAUCAAUUCUGCUUCAGCAAUUCAGUUUCUGUUGACUACUAAUCCACUGACCAUUGCAAAUGGAUUUACAGCGCUGUGUGUAUACCUACAUCUCAAGAAUGGUAGCAUUUCAAGAUAGUAGCUCACCACCACUUUCUCUAGGAUAAUUAAGCACUAAAUGUUAGCCUAGUCAGUGACACCUGUGUCCAAUGAACAAAUAAACAAUUUAGUGCAGGUCAUAGAUUGGGACCCACCAUGCUCAGAUCUAAUGUGAAUAUACUUGCUGAAACCACAAAGGUAAUUGUUGCCCCUCACCAUUGUUGCCCCUGAAUAUUUGGGAUCCUGUUGUUAAUUCCUGCAUGUACAUGCUGGGUAAAUCAGCAUUUCUGCGCAAUCCUUAAUUGCUGUGGAGAAUGUAAUGGUGAGCUGCCUUCUUGAAAUGCUAUAGUCGAUAUGUUGGACUACAAGUACAUUUCCACAACUUUGACCCAGCGACAGAGAAGGAACAAAGAUUUAGAUCCAAGUCGGGAUGUUGUAUGACUUAGAGGUGCCCUUGACCCUCCAGAUGGUAGGAGUCAUGGAUUUGGAAGAUGCUGUCAUUGAAGCAUUGGUGAGUUACUACAGAUACACUGCUGCCCUCUGUGCAUUGGUGCUGAUAGGAAUGGAUAAUGACCAUGUUGGAUGGGAUGCCAGUCAAAUAGGCUACUUUUUACUGGAUGGUUUUGUAUUUGUGUGUUGUUGAAGUUGCACACAUCAAGGCAAUUAUGUUAUCAUACUCCUGAUUUGUGCCUUGCAAAUAGUGGACAAUCUCUAGGGAGUUAGAAGUACCACAGAACCUUUAGCCUGUGAGCUACUUUUGUAGCCACAGUGUUUAUAUGGCUGGUCCAUUUCAGUUUCUGCUCAAUAGUAACCUCCAGGAUGUUGAUCGUGGGGUAAUUAGUGACAUAGUGCCAUUGAAGGUUAUGGAAAAAUAAUUUGUUUCUCUGUUAUUAGAGAUGGUCAUUGCCUGACAUUUGUGUGUAUGUUACUUGUCACUUACCACCUCAAGUCUGAAUAUUGUCCACAUCUUGCUAUAUAGAUUGACAGAUGGCUUUAAUAUCUGAGGAGUCACGAAUGGUGCAGAACAAUAAUGGUUGCAUAAUGAGCAUCCCCACUUCAGACCUUUCACGGAGGAAAGUUUAUUCAUGAAGCAGCUGAAGAUGGUUGGACCUAGGGACACUACCCUGAGGAACCCUUGCAGAAAUGAUGGACUGAGAUGAAUAACACCCAAUAAUCGCUGCCAUUGUAGGUACUGCAUAAGUUACAGAUUUAGGUUUUAAUGUCUAAUUGGAGGCCAGUAGUGUCUCUGCUGGCUCAGAAAUAAUAGCGCUCAGUGCCAUGCCCAUUUUCUCCCCACACUACUUGCAUUCUUCCUUUUCAGAUAGUAAUCCAAUUCCCACCUGAAUGUCUCAAUUGAACUUGCCUCCAUCAUAUUUUCAGGCAGUUAAUUCCAGAUUUGAAUCACUCACUUAAUGAAAAAGUAUUGCUUGUCACUGGUGAGGUAAUCUCUUUUUAGUAGUGAUAAUUGGUAUUCUUUAACAUAUUACCCAAGACAGCUGGAGAUGUGGAGUGGGUGGCACCGCUGCCUCACAGCACCAGAGAUCUGGGCUUAAUUCCAACUUUGGGUGACUGUAUGGAGUUUGUGUAGGUUACCUUCGGGAGCUCUGGUUUUCUUCCACCUACCAAAGGUGUGCAGGCUAGGUGGAUUGGCCAUGGUCAAUGCCGGUUUAUGGGGAUAGCGUAGUCUGAAUGGGAUGCUCUUCAGAGGGUCAGUGCACACUGGGGCAAAUGGCCUCUCUUCACACUGUAGGGUUUCUGAUUCUAACUUCCUUAUUCCUCCUCAUUCCAUCAUCAUACACUUCAACUAAGGCAACUAAAGAUGAGCAAUAAAUGCUGGCUCUGCCAGUGACACCCACAUCCCAUGAAUAAAUUAGAAAACAAGAGUCACAGUUUAGAUCUCCUGUCUAUCCACCCACAUUUUUGAUAAUUCAGAACCAUGCUGGAAGUAUCAGAUGAUGUGCUCAAUUCUGUAGGUGGGGCUUGAACCCAAAACCUUCUGAUUGGUUCAACCUUUUCUCUUCGCAAACACAAAUUCACACUUUCCCUGCAGUGAUUAAAAUAAACUCUGCAGCUUCUGAUCACUGACUAUUCCCAAAAGAAUCCACAGAAGUCUAACAUUUUAAUAAUAAAUAAUCUUGUCACAGUUGCCAUUAUGAAGUUGAAAUUUCAGUAGAAUGCAGGGCAUUCAGUGAGUGCUGAGCAGUCACUACCUCAGGCACUUCCUUUCAAAACAAAAUAUCCCAUAACAGUCAAAAUUUAUCCAAAAAUGUCUUUUUUUUUGCUUACGAAUUUGCUUUUUAAUUGUCCGAAUGUUGGAAUUAAAAAGAAACCGUAAUUAACAACUUAUUGCAAGGUGUAUUCAGUAAAGCCUUUAACACUAAAUUUGUUUAUUGUUC